AUGGGACAAGACAACGACCGGGACGUCGAUCACAGCGACCUAGAAAAAGAAAUAGACAAGAUCGAAGCAGAAUCUCCAGUAUCAGAAGACGAAGAUGGACGCAUCUCCUCGUUACCUCGACGGCCCCCGCCCGCGCUCACCAAGAAACCCGACGUCGACUCCAGCGUGCGCUCCGUCCGUCGUGAAGCAGUCAAAGUCCCACGAUCCGAACGUCGCGGCCUCUUCGCUCGCUUCUGCAUCAUCGACGAAGUGACCAACGCCUGGGACUACCCCCGAAAGAUGAAAUGGAUUGUGACCACCAUCGUCGCUAUAGCAGGCGCGGCAGCUCCCAUGGGCUCGUCAAUAAUCUUGCCAGCCCUGGUGGACAUUGCUAAAACGUUCAACUCCACCGCCACGAUCGUCAACCUGAGUGUCGCGAUGUACAUGCUCAGCAUGUCAAUCUUCCCGUUGUGGUGGAGUUCCUUCUCGGAAACGCUGGGUCGAAGAACGAUUUAUGUCACGAGCUUCGCGCUGUUCCUCGUCUUCAAUAUUUUGUCGGCGGUGAGUACAAGUAUUGGGAUGUUUGUGGUCAUGAGGAUCCUCAGCGGUGGUGCGGCGGCGAGCGUACAAGCUGUAGGUGCAGGCACCAUUGCGGAUAUAUGGGAGGUGAAAGAGAGAGGUAGGGCUAUGGGUAUUUUUUACUUAGGCCCUCUGUGCGGACCUUUGCUCUCUCCUAUCCUUGGAGGUGUGCUGGCAGAGACUCUAGGCUGGCGGAGCACACAAUGGCUAAUGGCCAUAUUUGGUGGAAUCUUGUUCAUUUUCAUCAUCAUCUGCCUGCCCGAGACACUACACCAACGAAGACGCAUCGCCGCCGAAGCAGAACAGGAAGCAGCAGAAGAAGUCGGCGAAGUGGAUGAGAAAGGAAACCCACAACCAACCCUCAACCGUACGACGACCAAACAAUCCGUCCGGAUCAAAUCCAAGAAAUACCUCCUCAUGGCCCGCCGCGCCUUCCUCGACCCCCUACACAUCAUCGUGUAUCUGCAGUUCCCUGCCGUCGCCAUCCUCGUCUUCUACGCCUCCAUCACCUUCGGCUCGCUCUACGUCCUCAACAUCUCCGUCCAACAAACCUUUUCCGCGCAACCCUACAACUACAGCUCCAUCAUCGUCGGCUGCUUAUACAUCCCCAACAGUUUGGGCUACUUCUUAUCGAGUAUCUUCGGCGGCCGCUGGGUCGACAGCAUCAUGCACCGCGAAGCACGCAAAGCCGGACGCUUCGACGAAAAAGGCCGCCUGAAAUUCAUCCCGGAGGACCGCAUGAAGGAAAACGCCUGGGUCGGCGCCAUCCUCUUCCCCUGCUCCAUGGUCGCCUACGGCUGGCUCGCGGAAAAACACAUCAACGUCGCCGCGCCGCUCGUCGCCAACUUCUUCUUCGGCAUAGGCUCCAUGCUCAUCUUCGCGCUCGUCACCACCAUGCUGACGGAAUUCAUGCCGCGGAAAGCGAGCAACGGCAUCGCGCUGAACAACUUCGUCCGAAACAUCUUCUCCUGCGUGGGCAGUGUGGUGACGGAGCCGCUGAUCGUGGCGAUUGGGAAUGGGUGGUUGUUUUUGGGGUUGAGCGUUAUUUCGCUCGUGGCGGGCGCUGGGUGUAUUUGGGCGAUGAAGAGGUUUGGACCGGGGUGGAGGAAGAAUAUGGAUCGGAGGAUUGAGGAGGUUAUGGGGGAGUGA